UCUAAUAGCAUACUCGACUUGAACCAGGACGUGCUUGAUCAUGUACUCGAAGAGCUCUACACGCAGAAAUGUCUUAUGCAAUUAUCAGUGACUUGCCAGACGAUUCGCGGAGCGGCAAACCACAUGCUGUUCAGACGUUGCCGGGUCGCAUUCAGCCGCCCCAUUGCUGCGAGGGCCUUUCCUCCUGACUCGUUGUGGCGCUACAUCAGAUAUCUCUUACUUGUUGAGGACAGACCAGAUGCGGACGUCGUGCGAGGAACUUAUCCGCGUAUAGAGCACCCCACCCUGUGCGGUUACGUCGUCUCAGAUUGUCUCUACCGCGCCUUGCAACACAUGCCUCUCCUGAGCAAGAUAUCGAUAUCAACAAGCAAACGCAUCUAUCACGGGCUCCCAUGGCCAUUUGUUCAAGCAAUACUCGCUGUCCCGCAACUUCAAGAGCUCCGGAUAUCUCAAUAUCUCCUCUGCACCUUGGGUGCGCGCGCGCAGGAGUUGGACAUGAACGUCGCAUCGUUGACUUCAUUUACCUAUUGGUUGGACAUCUCCCGUGGCGAUCCGCGAUCGCACCCCGCAGAACGCGAGGCGCUUGGCAUUCUCUUGCCGAAGCUGAGUCGCACGUUGCAGAAGCUCGAGCUGCCGAUCGAAUCCCUUCCUCAGGAGAUCGUCCGGUAUACGCGUUGGCCACAUCUGCGCCACCUUUCUGUGUACGGAGAAGCAUCGCCUCAACCGAAGGAUCCCUACAUUGUCAUCCUAGGCAACAUGCCCCAACUUCGUUCUCUCGCUUUGACGUUCACGAUCAAACACGAGAAGAGCACGCCGGUCAUAUGGCCUUCUGGUCUCUCGAUGGCGUGCCCGUGGCCCGACCUCGAGGACCUCACCAUCAUGCACCCGCACUCCGAUGAUCAGCUCUAUAGCCAUCUUCCGUCUACCCUCAAGCGGCUCUUACUAUGCUCACCGAUCUACUACUACGAUUUUAUGUGGGGGCGGGGAGGUGUCAUCAGCGAGCGAUGGCUGCAGGGACCAUUGCUGACGGCGAGUCAAACACUGCGGCUGUUGAGCCGAUGCCAAACACCUAAUCUCACCGAGCUCGCGAUUGAGUUCCACGAGGAUAACGAGGAAUUCAAGCUCCUGGACUUCCUACCCCACACGUUUCCGCGCCUUACUUCGCUGACCGCAAACAUCUACCGU